UAAUCUCGGACCGAAUGAUUUCUAACGCUCACAGCCAUGACGUGGACUGUGGAGCGGUGCCUGCGAGAGGACCCCAGACUGUCACGCGCGGACCUUGACUACCUCAAGGAGUGGCAUAAGAAGCAGCCGCACCUUCCGCCCAUGACUGAUAUACAGUUCAUCAAAUUCCUGCACUGCAACUAUUACAGUCUGGAGAAGUGCAAGGUGUGCAUUGACAAAUAUUUUACAUUGCGCACUCAUGCUCCCGACAUGUUCUCCAAUCGGGAUGUUCUACUGCCUGUUAAUGCAGCUCAAGAACAAUUCACAUUGGUCGUCGACAUUCCCAAGCGCGAUUGCAACGGCUACCGAGUGAUCGGGCUGGGGCUGCAGCCGGCCGCCGACCUGUCCGACCUGGUGCCGGCACGCGCCGCUUUGGUCGCCUUCGCCAUGAUGGACCUCCUGGUGCGCGAGUGGCCCAUCUGCCCCGGCUACACCUUCGUCCUGGACGCGGCCAACCUGCAGUUGGGGCACAUCGCCAAGGCCUCCGUCCCCCUGCUCAAGAAGAUGCUCACCUACGUGCAGGAGGCAGCACCGAUACGGAUGAAAAUUGUUCACGUAAUUAACAUAAAUCCAGUGGUGGAGAAGGUAAUGCUCCUCAUCAAGCCGUUUUUGGGAGAAGAGCUACAAAAAAUGCUGAAGUUUCACUCAGGUUCAAUGGAGUCAUUUUAUGAGGCGUUACCCAGGGACAUGUUGCCCCAUGAAUUUGGAGGCACCAGUGGGUCAGCCGUAGAAUACCACAGGAAGCUGUUUAAGCAGCUGAAGGAAAAACGAGAGGAGCUGAUCGAGGAGGAAAAGUUGCAGCAGGUGAACGAGAAUCUGCGGCCGGGACGUGCAAAAGACGCUGGCGAAGUCUUCGGCAUGGAAGGCUCCUUCAAGAAGUUGGACAUAGACUAAGGCGCCCGUCACUGUCUCGCUAUGUGAGCACUUCCGACAAUCACGGCGCAAUUAACGCCGUACGUCUUAGGAUGUGUCAAACAGCAAACUUCCGCGUGGUCGGGUAACCCCAACAGGUCGCAUAUUUGGGAAAGAACCUCUACAAUAUAAGUUGGAAGAGUUACAAAACGAUUGUGGCAUAUGAACAUCCGUGCACACUAUUUUAAUAUUUUCUAAUAUUUUUAAAGAUUUUUAAGCUCCUUUGAUGUAAAAGUACGUCUUUUGAACGCUCUGUCUGAGGAAGAAAUACCAAAAAUGAAGUGUAUUUAAUCAAUGGAUACUAGUUUUUUCAAUUCAUGUACAAGCGAAACAAUGAUAAGCUACUUCAGAAUGCUCGUAUCAUGUCUGCAAUCAGUGUCACGGUUGCCACGUGCAACAUGGCUGCUACUGAAGAACAUUCGUAAUCUGGUUUCACAAAAUUUACGCACAAAUGUUUUGACAAGCCAAUACUAUUAGUUUAUUAUUUUUUUUCUAAUAUAGAAACUAAGCUCAAUGUACACCACGAGUUGCUUUUUAUUACUUUAUGGUAGUAGCGAAACGAAAUGAGUGCGGGUCCGCCUUCAAAACUUUUAUCCUUUAUAAAAGUGUAUAGCACACAUAAGUAGUCAUAGUACCUUAAAUAAUAAAACAAUCCUUUAACAAAUUCCAAUUCCUCGGUCUAUGAUAAAUACAUAAGAAAUCAAUAUUACAAACAGAUUGUACUGAUUUAGAAACAUGUCGGCUUAUAUGGAAUAUGUCUUCACAUUUCAUUGUAUUAUUUGAGUUGGAGUUCAUACCACCUUCUGAACCAGACAACUAUGAUACAGAAUGUAUCUUCUGUUCAGGGAAGUUUUCUGAAUAUAGACGGGAGAGAUUUAUCCUCUUCCUUGUGAGCCCACCCUGACUGAUCUGGAGCUGAGCAGGAAAAGUACACGAGUGAUUUUUGAAAGUAAACUAUUAAAAACAGAUGAAAAUUGUGUUUCGUAAUGUCAGAUUACAAACAUUUUUAUCAAUCUUAUUUUAUUUUUGUCAUUUUGGAACUUUUAUUCCAC